AUGUCGACCAAUUUGUACGACAUCACUAUCCCAGACCGGGCCUGUGCGCUUGACCAUGGCCUUGACGGCACUCGCGAGAGGAACGCAGCGGUAGCCCGCAGGCUGAAACAAGAAAUUGGCGAGAUGAAACUGCAAAAAGAUGGACAGGUCAAACUUCGGAGGGAAAUCCGUGAACACUGCAAAGCUAAGCUCUCAUGGUGCAAAUCCAUGAGGAGGGCUUUGCUCCAGGACCUGGAAGUUCUCGAAGCGUCAGAACAAGGCAUUAACUCGGAAGAGCUACGCGAGAAUUCUCGUCACCUCCACGAGUUCGAGAAAGAGAUGUGGGUCUUGCAGUUCGACUGGCCACGCGAGGCAGGUAUCGCCCUUCGAGAGUGUUUGGAGCUCGAGGCUCGCAUGUCUGAGGCUCUGACCAUGGCCGUGGCAACCUGCGUGAGCGACAUGCCGCUGAGCGGUAUUAUGGACAAGGAAGUCUGGUCAAAAGCUCGGAAUACUGACCAGGCAUAUUUCGUUCGGCAUCUCGUCAGGAAAACGGGAGGAAGUUCGACAAAAGCGACGUCAGAGUGGCACACAUCGUACCAAAAUUGUCUUCGAGAUGUGCAAGUGGCCCAUCUCUUCGGACUACCUGUCGAAGAUGGCUACGCAAAGCUUUGGGACCCAGCGAAUGGACUAAUCCUCCAUAGGGAAAUAGAGCAAGCGCUGGAUGCGGCCGCAAUCCAAAUCGUUCCUGGAUUGACCGAGAAGAAUGCGCAAUGCCUAAGGGUCGUUGUCCUGGAUCCGGACCACAGCAUUUUCGCGGACGGCGCCAAUAUCUUCGACGGGAGAGUACUCGAAUUUCGGCCUGGUGUUGACGCACGACCGGGCGUGGAGUAUCUGUACGUUGCGGCUCUGCUCGCAGCCUUCCGAAGAAAGCGCUGGGACUGUGUCGGAUGGAGAGAUGACUAUAAGAAGCUCUCCCACGAAGUCCCGUGGCCCGAGGACAUCCCAGUCGAUCUCGCAAUGAGCACGUUGCGCGCUCUCGCGAGGAGCUGUGGCGAUCUGCGACGAUUCGACAAGUUCUUUAGGAACUCCCCCAGCCAGGACGACAAUGCCCCCAACCACGACUCCGACCACGACUCCGAUGUUAAAGGGACCCGUCGUGACGAGUGGAACGCCCUGCUUGAUCUCCUCAAUGCGGUCAUGAGUGAGGGUAUGAAGCCCCGUCACGCUCGACGUCGGGACAUUGAGGAGAAUCCAGACGAGUUCUGGGACCGGGAGCUAGCAGACUACGACAACGGACAGCAGCAAGGGCAGUUGAUCUUGGACGUGCAAGUCCUCGAGCUCGAGAAGCAGGAACUGAUCCACCUGAACUAG